AUGUCCCAGCAACGAGAUGUCUACGCAACUACUUCCCCUCCACGCACCCCUCCCUCUCAGACCGCAAAGUAUCGUCCCAAACAAAAGCACCCGGCCCGGCCCUCCAUCCGAGAUGCCUUCCCAGAUGCAAUGGAGAAUGCGCCGCGGGUCAGCGAGUCCACCGAUGAGCGUGACCCCCAUGACCUAUCGCUCUCUCCCAAACAUGCCGCCCGCACCUCCAUUGUAGACAAUAUGCUCCUAUCGCUGGACCAAUUUGCGGCCCCUGAUUCUUCGUUUAUGGAUGACUACCGACUGUUCAAUUCGGCCUUUGACACCGACCCCCACGGCCGGUUUCGAGGUCAUACUUUCUCUUCCUCCAUGUCAUCUGAUGCAGAUUUCGGCUAUGAUGAUGGGAGCAGUCGUUACGCCACAAUCACCGCCAAGGGUCGCCGAAGCAAUAGCAGCUCUAAUUACCACUCCGCCCCUAGGAGAAUGGAUAGCACCCGCAGCCGAGAUGCCAUGGGCUCUCGGAGUGGCACAGGAGGAACCAUGCCGAGAGUAAACGAUUCUCGCAAGGGUAGCAAGGGCAGCUCGUCGACAGCGGAUUAUACGUAUGGGAUUUCCAACGGACGAGCGGAUUCGGAAAGCAUAGAUCGACGCUCGGCCAGCUUCGAUUGCGGUCCCAAGAAAUACACCCCCUAUGCCGACGUCCAGGAUUCACUCAUGUAUGAUGAUGAUGCAGCACCAACUCCAAGUGUACCAGCUGGGCCACGCAAACUCCACGAUUACAGGACUCCGACUGGCCCCGCAUCACGGACACCAGUGGCAUCCCGACGUAACAGCGUCAAAUCCGCCCAGGCCCCGCAGGUCCGCAAGGCCCGUCCGGAAAACAUUGGCACAGGCACCCUCAAAGUACGGGAAAACGAAUUCGACGUUUCGGGUGAUACAGGUCUCGAUCCUCCCCCGGUGUUUCCGGCAGCAUUGGAUCCUCCUGCACCCAGUCCAACAAUAUCCUACAACAAGCCCGCUUUCCCUCCCCCGGAACCAGCGGCUGUUUCCACUACCACCACCAUUACCACCAACAACAGCAUCCCGGGGAACGCGAAGGAACGCCCGGGAUUCUUCCGGCGUGUCUUUGGUUCAUCUAGGAACGCUCCACCAACCCUAGCAGAUUCUCCAGGGUCGGUUGCCAGUGAUGUUCCUUAUCUCCAGGAGAACGAAAGCAAGGACUCUACUGGGACGACGGUCAAUUUGAAAGGAGCAAGGAUGCAGCCACCCAAGAUCCCAGUACCGCCAACGCCAACGCCAACUCGCCAAGUGCCCCACCAGGUGGUGAACAAGAAGUCUUCGUUCUUUCGCAGGCGGAAGAAGUCCAUCGCUGAUCAUGUCCCGCCACCUAUCGUUCUGCCUCAAGACUUGGCCCCUCAUACCUUGGAUUCGAUGAAGCCAGAGCCCAGCCCCGUGAGCAGCCUGCGAGAGGUUAUGAAUCAAUAUCUUGACGAAGUACCCGGAAAGCAAGAUAUCAAGGGCAAACGCCCGGUUGACUUGCAAUCACAGAGGCCCAGGGAGAGUGUUUCUGCUCCUGGGGGUGGCCCUAGGAGUCACAACACUCUUCAGCCUCCAAACUCUUCUCGCGGCCAAAGUCGUUCGCCGCUAGUAGAAACCUGCGGCACCGAUGAUCAAUUUGCAGUAGGUGAAGGGAUUGAGUCUACUGCAUUUGCCGAUCCCGAUCCCCCCUUGCAGGAGAAGGGGCCGGUUAUUGCAGCGACUAGCACACUCUCACCGGUCGUUGAGGAUUUCUCACGUAGCAUUAAAGUGACAACGACCAAGGCUACAACCACUUAUGAUGCGUCUCAUGAUAGCUUAACAGGACCCCACAAACUAGAACCCCCGUCCGACUGCAAUGUUCCGGAGUCUCCUGCCGUCUCUGAAGCUUCACACUACCAAACUGCCUCUACGACACCAGUGAUUGAAUCCGAAGAAUUAAAAGCAGACGACGAUAGUCUCGGUAAGAUGGAUGGACCUGGUGACGCUAUCGAGGAUGGACCAACAUCAACGGAUCGGGAACAGGCUCAGAAGCUCUUUGAUAGCCAAGAUCAAGUGGUGGGGAACGAACCUGCCGCUGCUUGGCUUGGAGAUCCCGAUCGAGCCACAAUUCGGGAGGCUUAUAUGCGACUCUUUAACUGGUCAAAUCUCAAUAUCCUGGCUGCACUCCGCAGUCUCUGUCAGCGGUUGAUACUUAAAGGAGAAACCCAACAAGUGGAUCGAGUGUUGGAUGCUUUCUCGAGCCGGUGGUGUGAUUGCAACCCGAGUCAUGGCUUCAAAGCUACUGACGUGGUUCAUACUAUCUGCUAUUCCAUCCUUCUGCUGAACACCGAUCUGCACUUGGCCGACAUCGAGCAAAAGAUGACCAAAGCCCAGUUUGUGCGAAAUACCAUGCCCACAAUUCAUCGAGUUGCCAUGGAUGCAGCUCCGGAAGGAUUUGAAACACUACGCCCGACAAACCGCUCCAAGACCUCGGGCGCAGACAUGGCACACUCAGCACCGUCAUCUGCUCGUUCCGCAACCUUUCCACCUGAUGUUGCCCGUAGCUCUUUGGAUGGUGAUAGUUCGGGCCGAAACCCCAACGAAGCAGGUCCAUUAGUAAAUACUCCAUUUAUGGGUACUGUGAGAGCUUGGGAGCAACAAGUGGAGGCAGUUUUGAAAGAUUUUUAUACCUCUAUCCAAAAGGAAAAACUUCCACUCCACGGUGCCCAGCCAAGUCGAGAGGUGUCUCGCAUGUCUUCGAACAACUUUUUGGGCCCCUCCACAAGCACACUUCGUCGAAGUCCCAGCACAAUCAGCAAAAGUGGCUCGGACAUAUUCCCACGUGGCCGGUCCGCCGAUUCUCGUCAUGCAGCAGCGAGGUGGUCCUCUAAGCCACGGUCUCGAGCUGGCAGGUUAUAUCCGCCGUCUAUGAUGGGCUCCAGUCGAACCAGUCUGGACGACCAAUCCUCCGUAUGGAGCCCAACUACAUCGAGCACGUGGAGCAAGUAUUCGCUUGGCAAAUUCACCUCUCCUUCGGUGGAUUCUUUUGGCUCGGAAUACCCUCGGGGUGAAUAUCAGCAGUCUAUUGGUUUCGCCAACGCUCUGAGCCAAGCCAUUAUUCGUGAAGAUUCUGCCACCUCGGUCUACAGCUAUGAAGAGUCAGAGCGAACCACUCCUCUCCUCGAAGAUGAGACUUUGGCUUUGGCUGGUGCCCCAUGGGCCAAGGAAGGCAGUGUUAAACAUAAACAUCACCUAGAUGCUGUGGACAAGCGUGCCAAAGAUCGAAACUGGGGAGAUUGUUUUGCGGUUAUUCAGCAGGGCUGGAUGCGACUUUUCUCAUUCAGCAACACAACCAAGUCCAUGCGGCAGAAGGCGAAGCAGCGUGGCGGCGUGGUGGUCGGUGGUGGUAACUGGACGGAGAAUGCCGAAGAACUUUGGAAGUUUAUGCUCCGGCAGACCAUUGCGAGCGCCCUUCCUUCUCCUGGCUAUUCGAAGUCCCGCCCUCAUGUCUGGGCUUUAAGCUUGCCCACGGGAGCAGUCCAUCUCUUCCAAGCUGGCACACCUGAAAUUGUGCGUGAAUUCGUCUCUACGGCCAAUUACUGGAGUGCCCGUCUUUCGAAGCAGCCUCUGGUGGGAGGUAUUAGUAACAUCGAAUAUGGCUGGAGCGACGCUGUCAUUAACAGCGCAUUGGUUAAUACCGUUGAAGAUCGAUCUCCACCUCCAUCUUCGGGGGCUCAUCGCGCCAGCAUUCAAAGUUCGAUCCGCAGCUCAAUCGAUCACCAAGGUGUGCGGCCCAGGCUACCUGCGGACCGUGUCAACAUCAGCGACUGGAGUCCUCCUCAACAGAGCAUGGUGGCUUCGAAUUUCACCGAAGAAGAGCAGCUGAAGGCGCUCCAGGCAUAUGUGAAGAAUGUUGAAGACGAUCUCCAGAGACACAAUGAGUUGCGUCCGGCCAUGCACCUGGCCUUCUCCCCCAGACACCCCAACUCCGCAAAGGCGAUGGCCAACUGGGAACGGAAAUCAUCAUAUCUGCUACGUGAGAUUGUCAAAUUCCGAACCUACAUUGAUUCUCUUUUCAAUGCCAUCAAACAGAAAGAGAAUAUCCAUGCUUCUUCCAACAACUACUAUGCUGAAUCUGCUGAGACGGAAGCCGUGGAACCAGCUAUAGAGGUCACACCCUCGAACUGA